UGAAUAUGGACGAAAUUAAAGUCUUUAAGUAUGACAAAUGCUGCUGCUGUUCGAGAAACUAUAAAGUAUCAUCAUUAAUUGAAUUAACUUCCAACUCGAUAAUCAUUGGAGAUGAAACCUUACUAUUUAAUGAUUUGAUUCUGGAUGUUUGUUUUGUGAUUCCGGAUGAACAUCGAAUGAAAUACAUAUGUGAAGGAUGUAAGGAACAGUUGGUGAUGUUUCACAUGUUUAAAAGAGAAGUUAAGAAGUACAAUAGCUUCACUGAAAACAUCAGAAAACUUGAUAUAUUAGUUAAAAUCGAUGAAAUUCUUAACAACUUUGAGGAUAUUAGUGAUCUUUCAGUCUAUCAAAAUGAAAGAACGAUUAUAAUUUCAAAGAAUCUCGAAGAGAAUGAACAUGAAAUACCACAAAAUGAAGAAAACUGCUUAAUUGAAAAUGAAGGGAUGAUGAUCGAAGAAGAUCCAGUAAAAUGCCUUAUUCAAGACGAAGAAUAUAUUGAUGAGCAGGAAGAAUCGUGUAUUGUUGAGGAAUCUAGUUCGAUAAAUAUUAAAGCAGAGGAAGGCACGUCAGAAUAUUCAUAUAAAGAUGAGCAAAUGACUGAUUCUUACAAUAGCUCAGAAGGAACUUCAGCUAAACGUCGCAAGAAAUAUUCAUAUAAAGUUAAUACAAAUGAUAGUUUAAUUCCUGAGCAAGUUGCAUGGAUUAAAAGUCAAGUUACAAAAAGUGAAAUAUUUGUCGACGGAAAGAAAAUGUUUAAAUGUCAAAUUUGUGCCACAGUUUUACAAAUUGCUGGAAGCCUUAAAAAACAUUUGCGUGACUGUCAUGUGUUAAAAACACCAGACGAGGAAGACGAGAGGGAAUCUAAACGAGCAUUUAAAGAUGAAAUUAAAAAUAGUAAAAUAUUAGUAGAGACUAGCAAAGGAACUGAAGAAGUAUACAAGUGCCAAAGAUGUACAGAAAAUCGAAUUUUUCGAUCAGAAGGUGGAUUGAAAGUUCAUUUACGUUAUAAUCACAUAAAAUCUCACGUAAUUGAUGCUGAAUUUGUUGCAAAUUGUAAAAUAUCAAUUGAAAUUGAUGGACAAUUGAAAAAUGCUUGGCAAUGCCCUGAAUGUAAGAAAAUUUUAAAAUCACGAGACAGUCUCAGAAAUCACAUGAAACUUGAACAUUCAAAUGUAGUUGAGAGCUUGCAAAACUCACAAAGUUCAAUGAAAGAGGAAGACUUUAUUGAUAAGAAUAAUAUUAAAAUGGAAGGAAUGUCAAUGCUAUCACAAUCUAUAUCAAUAAAUGAAGGAAGUUGGCAGCUGUUGACAAAAAAGAAAAGUCAUCAAAGUUUAAGUAAUGUAGUCUGCGAACCUUGUGGCUUAAAAUUUGUACAUGGCAGCACAAAACGUGAAAAAAGUCAAGAGAUUCAUCAGCAAUUACAUAUUAUUUUAAAAGUUGUGUCUCAAAGCUAUGAACUUCCAAAAUGCGAGCAAUGCAAAAUAAUGUUCAGUAAUAAUGAAGAUCUGGCUAAUCACUUGAUUACUCAUGAUAACGAAGAGAUUUUUACUUCAGAAGGCUUAUCUUUUAUGGUAGCUACAAAGUACAAAGAGCCAAUUGGAACAGCUGGUAAUAAUGAAUAUGAUAAAUGGAAAUGUGGACAUUGUAUCAAUGUUAGAUUUAAAGAUGAAGUUGAGUGCAUUGAACAUUUAAUGAUAUUGCAUUCCAAACAACUUAUAUGUCCAGUUGAUUAUUUAGAAUUCAACGGAAUUCGUGGAUUAAGUCAAUUUUCCACACACAUGAAAAAUAAACAUCCAGAAAUGUUUCCCGAACUCACAAUCACAUGCUCAUACUGUAAACUGGAAUUUUCAAAUGUGUUUGAUAAACUAGCACACAUGAAAAUUUGUGAUACAAAAGAAUUUGCUUGCGAUCACUGUUCCAAAAAGUUUUUUACUAAGACACAAUUAUUAAGGCAUUUGAAGAUUGUUUCUGGAGUUAUUUCAUUCACAUGCGAUGUCUGUUCUAAGAAAUGUGUCAGUGCUAUGGACCUAAGGUUGCACUAUCGAUGUCAUACCAAUGAAAAAACUUAUAAUUGUAGCUUUCCAAAUUGCCUGAAAGUGUUCAAAACACCAGCAGCACGAAGUAGUCACAUGGAGAUUCACUCGUUUAUUGAAUAUGAAUGUACUGACUGCAAAGCAAUAUUUAAGCAGCGUGCUCUACUUCAACGACACUUGAAGAAUAUGAAAUGUAAAGGAACACACUUGACUAAACCGAAUAUCACUCAAACUUCUUAGAUUUGUAAGUUUUUGAUAUAAAAAUGAAAUGUUGGAAAUAAUAAAAAUUAAUUUAAAGUUCAAGGAUUCAAACUUG